CUCAACAUUAGCAGGUAUCACUACUGCAUAUGCUUUUAGAUUGAUUAUCAGAUAAGAUGCAGCCAAGGUUCCAUUGCAUUUUAUUGUUCAGUGCGCAGUUUGUACUUUACUGGUCCUCAACAUUAGCAGGGUUGUGUGAAUCUGGAAGAGAGUUUAAAAAGAAUGGAAAAGUUUGGGAUUGUUUGAAAGAGAGUUCAAAAUGUCCCAACAACUAUGAAUGCAAAGCUGUUAUCUCACAGAAUCACCAGGCUGUAUGCUGCAAAAAAACAUGCUCCAUCGAUGGGACCAUUUUGCAAAUUGGUAAACGCACAAAAGGACGUAACAAAUGUGAGAAAAACUGUAGGUGCACAGUGAAAGGUCUCAAAUGUGCUAGGUUGAAUUCAAAGAAAUGUAGCGAAUGUAUGAUUGAUGGUGAACUGCAUUAUGUAGUAAAUCUCCUGUAUGAGAACAAGACACAUAAGUGUGAAUGUGAUCAAGUGACAAACUCUGCAAUAUGUAAAGUUAAUGUCUGGCCAAAGUGGACAAAUUUGGGACAUUGGAGUGUAUGUAGCUCUGACCCUGAGGAAUGUGGAAAAACAGUCAGACAUCGAAUGUGUGUUGACAACAAGGGACUACUGAAGGAAGAUGAUAAUUGCUUUGGAGAUAAUCACCAAUCUACAGAUUGCUGUACACCUGAUCUCGACUUGAUUGCAAAAGAUGGUUGGCAGAAAAUAACAAACACUGUCAGUAACCGCAGAAAGAAACGAGGAUUGAAAAAAGAUCCAAGGACCAAAGUAAAAGAAAGAGAACAUUUUUCCUGGAUGGUGUCUCUGUCAAUACCUGAGUUUAAUAAGGACAAUACUAUUAACCCAAGUGAUCAUGUAUGUGGGGGUUCCAUCCUGAACAAGCACUGGAUAAUGACUGCAGCACAUUGUGUGUGUUAUAAGUCUUGCUGUGAUCACAAUAAUAAAAUUAGUUGUGAUAUCACAAACUGGAAAGUAAAUACAGGAAUAUUGAUAUUGGACAAAUUUACGGGGAACCACACACAUAAAGUUGUAGAGGUUAUCAUCCAUCCGAGAAACAAUAAGGACCCAAACAACAAUGUUAAUGAUGUUGCACUUGUAAGAGUUGAUACUGGAUUUGAUUUUGAUGAUCCUAUGGUCCAACCAUGUGCCAUUCCUACGAGUAUCUGCACUGGUGAGGCACUGGACGAUUGUAUACCACAUGAAGAGUUGGCACAGAAACAGGAUUGUGAAUUUGUAGGAUGGGGAAAUGAUUAUGGGGUAUCAAAUGAUUUGAAAUGGAUUCAGAUUUUUGUAAAUUCUGAUCAGUUAUCAUUAGCAUGGGAGAAAAAGAAAAUUGGAGUGACAAAUCUGAAACGAGGAUCCCAAUGUCCGGGUGACAGCGGAGGUCCAUUGAUGUGCAAGCCUGAUGAUUCAUCAAGGUUCGGAGAGCAAUGGAAUGAGAGGGUAGUGCUAGGCAUAGCAAGUUAUACAGACCCUGUAGGACAUUGCCUUACAACAAAGGAGACCACAACAUACUUUGGACUUGUUCCGUAUUUCCUGGAAUGGAUGGCUAAUGCUAUACCAGACUGGAGUCCCUGGGGAAGAUGGAGUCCAUGUACUACACAUUGUGGAGGAGAUUGCAAUGCAGACUGUGCCAUUGGGGCACAAACUAGGUCAAGGUCGUGUUUCUUCCCAGAGUAUGGCUAUAUAAGGAAUGCUGAACCAUUGUAUCAGACUGCUAAAGAAUGUUUUGAACAUAAGACAGAGAAAUGUGCACCAAAAGAAGAAUGCGAUGGUGAUACAAUGACAACAAGGUAUGCAACCAUUGGGGAACAAACUGUUAUCCCUUGUAGGAUUCCUCCUGAUUUAAGAUGGAAGGAUAGUGAACAGAGUGUGUGGAUUUAUGAACUAAUCACUGACAAAUACGUUGCAACAACAAUUUAUAGUGAACACGCGCGAGAAUAUUCUUCAGGACCAGAAUACAAUUGGAGAUUUAUCUCUCCAGAUAAAUAUGAAAGACUGGCGCCAGAUAGUGACAUUAAUUUUGAUAUUGUUAUCCGAAAUGUCAGUUCAAGUGAUUUUGGAUUUUACAUGUGCAAUGUUAAUGUUGGGAAAGAGAAUACAUACAAACAUACAAUUCUGAAAUAUGGAAAUGCAACAACUCAGAACUGCAGAUGUGAAGCGCCAAAGAAACUGAGUAAAGCUGAUGGGAUAACAAUAUUUACAAAAGGAUAUCCUUGUGAAUCUACAGUCACUUGGAAAUGUCAUGAGGAUGGUAGAGAAAAGAAUCUUGAACCAACAACUCACCAGACCUGCAUUGAUGGAGAGUGGCUACCAGAGUUUAAACUUGAUCCAUUUUGUUUUGUAGCAAGGGAUGUUGAAGGAUACUUGGUAGAGGACGAUCCAUGUCUAGAGUUUGAUAAGAGAGG